UGACGUACGUUGGCUGACGGCAAAAAAGGAAACGUGAACUGCCACAAGAAGCUUGAUCCGAAGCCUGUCUGUAUGUGUCGAUUUUUUUUUAAAGGACAAGCUAAUAUAAAUGAAAUAAAUAUGAAUAGUAACAAUUAUUAAUGGCUUUAAUGUAACUACCAAAGAUGGUAGUUAGCCUUGAGUCAACUCGGGAACUGAUUCAGCUCGUGAAACUGCUACGGAGGAGAAUGUCUUUGCUGGUCCGCUAGCUAGCUAGCGUCAGUUUUCAAGAUGGGCAACUGAACGCUAAUCGAAAAAGCGAAAAAAUAUCAGCGUACAAUGACUGAAUCUUGAGAGUAGCGUCUUUCCAAAACGCGGCGAGAAAAGAGAGUUUCGUGGGUGCCUUUAGCUACCUCGCUAACCGCGUCGAUACUGUUUACAUGAUGAAGAACUGCGAGUACCAGCAGAUUGACCCGCGGUCGCUGUCGGUGUCGCCCUCGUCCGCACAUAACCACACCGAGAGGAAAGCGCAGCGUCCCCGGAGGAAGUGGGAAGUGUUCCCUGGGAAGAACAGGUUUUUCUGCGAUGGAAGGAUAAUCCUGGCCAGACAGAGCGGCGUGCUUCCUCUGACACUGGGCCUUAUUGUUGUCACAUGUGGCCUUUUCUUCGCAUUCGAUUGCCCAUUCCUGGUGGAGCACCUAACAGUUUUCAUACCUGUGAUUGGUGGGGUGCUUUUUUUGUUUGUCAUCAUCUCCCUGCUGAGAACCAGCUUUACAGAUCCAGGCAUUUUACCGAGGGCCACCCCAGAUGAAGCAGCAGACGUAGAGAAGCAGAUAGAUACCUCAGGAUCCUCUACCUAUCGCCCCCCACCACGAACCAAGGAGAUCCUCAUCAACCAGCAGGUGGUAAAGCUCAAAUACUGCUUCACUUGUAAAACGUUCCGUCCUCCUCGGACCUCCCAUUGCAGCUUGUGUGACAACUGUGUGGAACGAUUUGAUCACCACUGCCCAUGGGUAGGGAACUGUGUGGGCAAACGUAAUUAUCGCUUUUUCUACAGCUUCAUCAUCUCUCUGUCUUUUCUGACAUCUUUCAUAUUUGGCUGUGUCAUCACACACAUUACCCUGCGUUCUCAAGCAGGUAAAAGCCUUGUUCAAGCCAUUCAAGAGAGCCCUGCCAGUGUGGUGGAGUUGGUGAUUUGUUUCUUCUCCAUCUGGUCUAUUUUGGGCCUCUCGGGCUUCCAUACUUACUUAGUAGCCUCCAACCUCACAACAAAUGAAGAUAUAAAGGGCUCUUGGUCAAGUAAAAGGGCUGCAGAAGAGUCUGGGAACCCAUACAGUUAUAACAGUAUUAUAACCAACUGCUGUGUAACGUUAUGUGGCCCCAUGCCCCCAAGUCUGAUUGACAGAAGAGGUCUCCUGCCUUUUGAUGAGGCACCCCCUGCUGCCUCUGCCUCGGAGAUAGAGCUCCCUCCGUUCGUGGCCAAGAACGAUGCUCACAUGUGCACUCAGAGCACCAAGGAUGUGUUGGAGAGGGCAGUCCACUCUUUUGAAUUUCAUGAUCUGUGCCCCCCCUGCACCCCAAAGACCACUCCGCUGGGCCUGAAGGUUUCCGCCACAUCAGCACCUUCCCCAGAACCUUCAGCCUCUGCUGGCUGCUCCCGACAGCCUGUGGCAGGCCCGUGCCCCCCGUUCAGCAGCAGCAGCAAGAGGGACUCGCUGCACUCCAUCAACCCAGCCUUCCGUCUGGCCUCUCCCUCCCCAUCGCUGAGCCGUGCCACUUUGACUCUGGGAGGUGCACCUGACCUUGGUUUUAUCCCCAUACCCUGAGUGCACCCAUUAACCAUAAGAGAACAGGAGUCAGUGCUCUUGUCCCUGCUGCACUCAACACUUCUGUACAUCUCUGUUUCCGGCUCCAAAGAAACUUUUUCGUCGCAGUCGGUCAUGCUGUCUUGUCGUUUGUAUCUCCAGAUGUCAUUCUUUCGAGUCGAUCAGGCUUUAUCAGCAAGGGUUUUAUGUUCUGUGAGUUUUAUCAACUGUGUCCUGUGAUAUACUAUGUGUGUUCUUCAGGAUGGAGGUGAAUCUUAGUAAUACUUGGAAGCACAAUAUAGAGAUAUUUUUAUAACACCUUUUUAUGAAGACAUCCAGAACAUGCCUCCACACCUUCUGCAGAACCUCAAGCCAUACAUCACAACCACAGUGUUUAAGUUCUUGCUAAUAUAUUAUGCAAACAGGUCUUUGAAUCUGGGAAUACUCACGAUAGCAGUAAGUUCACAAACAGGAGUUUAGAUUUACUGAACUGGCAUGCUCUGGUUAGUGAGCCACUUCAGGAUUAUGAACUCAAGAGUUAGCCUUUUGUCAUGUCUCGUCACUUCCUGUUGCCUAUGUGUACAUCAUCCCAGUGUCAUCGGGUGAACCCAGCUUGACAGUAUUAGAUGAAUGAGCUGUCAGAGUUUGGAGGGAAGGCAAGAUUUGUUUUUUUUCUUUUUCUCUUAACAACCUUGCUUAUCAAGGUUUUUGCUGCAAUCUUUGUGUUUUGUAUAUCCGAUGCUCUGAGGCUAAAUGUUACAUUUUCUUUUUGUGAAUUGUAUCACUUUAGGAGUAUGUAAUUGAGACAGGAUAACAGGUAAAACCGAGAGAUAUUUUAACCAGAUACUUUUUCUGACUUAUAUUUCUGAGUGGAUAUUAACUAACUGAAAUAGUUCCUUCACAUAUUUUAUAGUGUCCACUUGCUUUAUCCAAUUUGUUGAAUGUCAAAACCAAGUGUUUAAUUUAAUACCAAAUUUGCCGCUGCCUACCAGGACUUGGGUUGCAGUAUUCAUCACAGGUUCAUCGCGCUGGUUUCUAUUAAUGUGAGUUCCAUGAAUGCUUUCGAUUUGAGUGAGCAUCUGUUUUUUGACUGUAUUUCACAAGUGAGUUGGUGGUUACAGCACGGGCUUGACGUAUGGAUUGUGUCAAGCAGAGUGAUUUUUGUUUGUUUUUAGGGAUGCUGAUGAGGCCUCUUUACAUGCGCGGCAAGCUGACAUUUUUAUGGCUGUGACCUUUUCCUCAUCUUACAGCAUGAAACUUUAUCCUCCAUCUGUGAUGGUGAAGUACAGUUUUGCAGGUGUGAAUGGCAGCAGAGUGGCUAGUUCAUGCCACUAGGGGGCAGCAAAUGACUAAGGGAUGCAGCUUUGUGGAGGACAGUUAAGCAACACGAAAAUCUGUUGUCUUUAUUUUGUGAUGUUUUAUUUAUUUUUGUGUAAUUGAGCUUUGAUGCUGUACAUAGGUUGUGAGUUUGUGAAGAACCACUUUGCCAUAGUCAGUGGGGUCAUUCAUGUAUCAACCUGCAUAGACCCAUAGGAUGUGUAAACAGUUGCAAGCAGUGCUUGUAUAAACAAACCUGGUUGCUUGUAUUUUGUAGGAUGUAACAGUAACAUUUGGUCAAUAAAAUGAUCGCUUUUGUUGCCUUUGUUUUUUU